AUGCUGCAUCUGCAGGUCCAAGUGCGAGAAGGACGGUCGCCGGAAGUACCGAGACCCGAGUAUGCCGACGUGAACGCCGACGCCGCCAGCGGCGGAGGACGCUAUAUCGUCGUGGUCUUCCUCGCCGGCGAGUUCACGAUAUGGCGCCCGACGGACGGGUACUCCUCCCUGCUGGAGACUUUCCCCGCAAUCUUCGUCGCGAAGCCGAACGAGCUGCGGCAGCAAGGCACAAAACCUGAGCGCAAGCGGGUCGUGCUCCUCACCGUCAACAUCACGACCCUAAACGAACGGUCGAUGGCCGAGGUCGGCGGGGACAACGUUUACGUUGACUGGAUGACCGGCACGGCCCCGGGCGGGCUGACCGAGGGGGUUGCGGACUACGUGAUGGUCAAGUCCGGGUACUACGACUUGGGCAGCUACGACAAACCCAGGGACGGGAAUAGGUGGGACGAGGGAUAUGGUGUCACGGCUCGGUUUCUCAAGUAUUGUGAUCCGUUGAGUGAUGGGUUCACGGCCGAGCUGAAUAACAAGAUGAGGGAGGUUUAUAGGGAUGAGUAUUUUGAGGAGCUGUUGGGGAAGCCAUUGGGACAUGUGUGGAGGGAGUAUAAGGAGAAGUAUGAGGGUGUCAAGGAUUGA